CACAUACAAAGCAGUGUGCUUACAGUGAAGCACAAACACACCCAGCACACAGUUAACCCUUUGAUUGUCCCUCAUGUUAACCCCUUCCUGCCCAGUGCCAUUAGUACAGUGUCAGUGUUUUUUUUUUUAGCACUGAUCCCUGUAUUACUGUCACUGGGGAUGUCAGUGACACCAAGUCAGUUUCUCCCAGUGUCAGAAUGCUUACCGCAGUCCGGCUAUAAGUUGCUGAUCGCCAUUACUAUAAACAAACCCAGUAUGUAUACCGCCAUUUGUAAAUACUAUAGCUUUAACGUAAACCAAUUAAUU